GGCUCGCACGGCGCUCCGCUCCGCUUGCACGUGGGCGGCCACUCGCGGCCUUUUCCCCUCCCCGAGUCCCUCCUGGCGCCCACGUGGCGGGGAGGGUGGAGACUUGAGAUCCUGGCGCGAGCGGAGUUGGCGGGGAGUUGUGUGUGUGUGUGUGUGUACGCAUCCUCUCCCGGGCUGUAGGAGGGUCUCCCUGGACUGGCGACAUCUCAGCCUCAGUGUCCUCCUUCUGAAGCUGCUGGUGGUGGCAUAUGACUUCUGGACCCAACAUGAGUGACAUUUCCUGCAAAAAACGGGAUGACUAUCUGGAAUGGCCUGAGUAUUUCAUGGCGGUGGCCUUCUUAUCAGCCCAAAGAAGCAAGGAUCCAAGUUCCCAGGUCGGAGCCUGCAUUGUGAAUACAGAAAACAAGAUUGUUGGGAUCGGGUACAACGGGAUGCCAAAUGGAUGCAGUGAUGACCUGUUGCCCUGGAGGAGAACAGCAGAAAAUAAGCUGGAUACUAAAUACCCGUAUGUGUGCCAUGCUGAGCUGAACGCCAUCAUGAACAAGAAUUCGGCUGAUGUGAAGGGCUGCAGCAUGUAUGUCGCCUUAUUCCCCUGUAACGAGUGUGCUAAGCUGAUCAUCCAGGCAGGUAUAAAAGAAGUCAUUUUCAUGUCGGAUAAAUACCACGACAGUGAGGAGACAACAGCCGCCAGACUCUUGUUUGAACUGGCUGGGGUUACGUUCAGAAAAUUCACCCCCAAGUACAGCAAGAUUGUCAUUGACUUUGACUCAAUUAAUAUCCAGCCGAGUCAGAAGCUUCAGUGAGUUCCGUCUCGUUAAGUCCCGGAAGAAGAGGGCUCCUCUCCUCUCAGAAGCCCCUGGUGCCUUUCAUCUGGAAGUCGCGCAUAACUUUUUAAUAGCCGGCGCAGCACACGCAGACCUUGAAUCCUCUUUCCCGUCCCCACCGUCCCACGGAUCUACAUCUGUUUAAGCUGUUGAUUUAGUUUGAUUUGGAACCCAAGGGCCUGCCAGCCCCGGGGCUGGAGUGAAGGUCUUUCCGCCUUCGCCGACCGUCUGGCUGGGGUGAGGGUUAGGACAGUGUCGGCUCUCUCUGUCACCCACCAAUUCCAACAGCCGCUCCUUCGCUAGGACACACACAUAAUUGUGUUCUUAGCAGCCUCACAGUGAUGCGAACAUCUGGCCCAAAUGAAGCCUACCCUUGUCACGCCAGGACCACGGACGGAGGCAGGAGAGCCAUUGCUGUACAGUUGAGGGGAGCUGGCACCCACCUACCCAGAGAGGAUCGAGGGUGACACGAGUCCCCCCAGAUCAGCACAGCUGAACCGGGAAUGUCCUCUCAGUGUGUCCCUCCCUGCCUCACACACAGCCCUGGCACGCUAUCCCUCUGGAGGGUGGCGACCCCUCUGCUUCCAGCCUCUUCUCCUUGGUUUGUUGGUCACACAGCACUGUUACAUUUAUCCCAGUGAUAAGUGGUUCCUAGAGGAGGCGGCUCAUCCCUCCCCCUAGACCAGGCACUGUGUGAUGACAGCUGGAGUUUAUGGAUGGGUAGCGUGGGGCAUCCCCCCCUCCCCAAUCCCAUUUCCCCCCGCUGUGUGGAAACAUGUUACUCAUGCUGCGUGCCAACAUGGUUUGUUUCCAAGGGCGCCCUACAACCAGAGAGUGCGUUCAUUCCCGUCCUGUAAGAGAACUGUGGGAAAGUCUGUACUGGAGGUGGUCUCUUCCAGACCCACUGGUGACUGUCCCUCAUGUGUGCCUUCAGCCACACAGGCAGCCUCGGCUCUGUGAUCAGUGGGGGGGGGGGGGGUGUGCUCCGCUGUGAGCUUUGUUUUCUGUUCCAUUUAACUUCUGUUAAACAUGCCCGGUGCCUUUGAUAAAAUGGUUUUCUUUAUCUUAAAGAUGAUUACCUUUUAGGUUGCUCUUACUUUUUCAUGAAAGUUUUUAUGAAACUUCGUCUCUGAGUUGUUUUUUUUUUUUAACUCUAUUCUGGGGCAUUUUGUCAUUUUUGCUCUUUACCAAUAUUAUUAAAGUUUUAUUAGAAUCAUCUACCAGCACCAAA